AUGGCUUCUGUCAAUCUGACAACCACUGCAGCUGUAGGUUCUUCCUCUUCUACUCGACUUGCUUGGGACACUGACUCCCAUCCUGUAGCUGAUUAUCUUCAUCAAGUGCUCUCUCUCUACAAUGAGCUCGCUACUGCUGUAGUUACAAUCACUAACGAUGAGCUGGUUGUGAAAAUUUUGAGUGGUCUUGGGUCCAAUUUUUGUGAGAUUUCCACUGCAAUUCGAAUAAGAGAUUCUAUCAUUUCUUAUGAUGAGUCAUAUGCAAAACUAAUUGAUUAUCAUCUCUUUCUCAGACAUGAGGAAGUGAAGAAAAAAACUAGUGCCAUAACUGCUGCUAUGGUAACUCGCAACAGAUCUAUAAAUUCCAACAACCACACUGCUCAUCGACCCAACAACACCUCACAGUGGCGUUCGAGCAAUCGUACAACUGCUCCUACGCAAGGGCAUUACAUCAAUAACCAUGUUCACUGUCAGUUAUGCAAUAAACAGACUCAUACUGCUAAUGUUUGUCAGUCACAGUCUCAUAAUCAUUUAGAGGCAAAGGCCAAUUUUCUUUCAGGUAACCAAGUUGCAGAAAAUCAAUGGAUUGUUGUCUCCGGUGCUACUCAUCAUGUCAUAAAAGAGUCUACCAAUCUAGAUGAAUAUUAUUGUUCAGAAGGCAAAACCACAUAG